CGAAAUUCUCUGCGGCUUCACGCCGAAGAGUCAGCCAUGUUGGAUACAUAAUUUUCAUCCUUGAUAAUCUGGAAUUUCAAAGGACCAUCGCCUUAUCAUAAACAAAGAGAGGAAUCGACAAACUUAGGUCUUUUAAUCAAGGAUCAUAUUUUUGUUAUAGAAGUGUGACUUAUAGCGUAAAAAGAAGAUAACGGAAGACCUUCGCAAGGAGCUUCUCGAUACUUCAGCGUCUUAGAACGCUCUUUCCAACAUGCCGAACGGGAAAGGUUCUAAUGCUUCCCCGCCUGCAGGGCAUAAUCGAGGCCAGCAAUCAUCACAGAGAGGCCCGACUCCACCUCAACCAAGACCAGAUGAUUAUUCCCAGAGAAAUAAUCAAGGUUACCCACCUCAGCAAAUGAAUGUCCAGGGAAUGCCAGGAAUAUACCACCAAGGAAUGGUCCCCAAUCAGGGCCAGCCACAGCGUAUGUAUUAUAACCCAAGRGCAAUGGCCAGGCCAAUAAGAGUACCACACCACUCGCAACAGUCUAGUCAACCUAUGUACCCAUCACCUACCAGUGGACAACAAAUCAUUUCAAUACAGGGAGGAGGUCAAGGAUAUCCCAUAUUGCAGCAGCCUUUUGUUCCUUCACAAGUAUGUAUUAAGGAUAAUUAACUCAAAGAAUCAAAACCAACCGCUGUACCUUGCGAGCCAAAAAUGGCGGAUUUGUAGGAUUUCUUAAAGGGAGCGCAAAUGAUCUUCCAUCCUUUCAGUUUGGACA